UCUUCUUCAUGUCCAAUGGAUCUCACAUAUGUUGAAACCAUUCCCUGGAACUCUUCAACCUGCAAAGACCCUGUUAACAAAAAUCUCUGUUGCCAAGCCCUUUCCAGCAUCUUCGGCAUAGGCCUUGCUGAACAUCUCAAAGAAACAUCCAUGUUUUACCUUUCUGAUGUAAACACUUCCUCCACUUGCUUAUCUGAUUUCAAACACCACCUUGCAGCCAUCUCAGUAAAACCAAACAUAGUCUCUUUUUGCUUCCCUCACCCAACCCAGUUUGUCACUAACUCUUCAGCUUGUGCAGGGAUUACAACUCUACAAGAUUGGAACCAAAAGGUCGCCAUGGAUAGCCCAGUGAAAACAUCGUGCAAAGGGGACCUUAAAGACCAAACUCUCUGCACUGUGGCUAAUCCGUUUGGGACGACAGAUCUAAGCACUACUGGAUGCAUACUUGGCCUGACACAACCAUCUAAUGCAGUAACAAGAGGGUCAUCAAACAAAAGAAGAAAAAAGAUCAAGCUUGUUAUUAUGUUGUUGGGUGGUGUUGUGUUUGCUUUUGCUCUUGCUCUGAUGGUCGUGUACAGGAAGUGGGAUACGAGAAGGAAGAAAAAUGUUCAUCGCAGGGAAGUUGAAAACGAGGUUAGUGCUGGUGUUUUUCCUCGUACAGGUGCUAAAUGGUUUCACAUAUCAGAGCUGGAACGUGGCACGAGUAAAUUUUCAGAGAGUAAUGUGAUUGGGAAAGGUGGUGAUGGGGUUGUGUACAAAGGGACUCUUUCAGAUGGAACUUUGGUUGCCGUUAAGGAAAUUUUUGGUUUGGAAAGUAAAGGGGAUGAAGAGUUCUGCUAUGAAGUGGAGAUCAUAAGCAAAAUAAAGCACAGGAAUCUUCUUCCUCUUCGGGGAUGUUGUGUUACAAGUGAUAAUUUGAAAGGUAAGAGGAGGUUUUUGAUUUAUGAGUUUAUGCCUAAUGGAAGCUUGAGUGAUCAUUUGUGUUCUUAUGGUGCUAAUAGGCUAACAUGGCCACAAAGGAAGAACAUAAUCCUUGAUGUGGCUAAGGGGCUUGCUUAUUUGCACUAUGAAAUCAAACCCCCAAUUUAUCAUCGUGACAUAAAAGCUACCAAUAUCCUUUUGGAUUCCAAAAUGCAUGCUAAAUUGGCAGAUUUUGGGUUGGCCAAGCAGGGUAAUGAUGGUAAAUCUCAUCUAACUACAGGGGUUGCUGGCACAUAUGGUUAUGUAGCACCAGAAUAUGCACUGUAUGGGCAACUAAGUGAGAAAAGUGACGUGUACAGUUUCGGUAUAGUGAUUCUAGAAAUCAUGAGUGAAAGAAAAGUGUUUGAUACUUUGAAUUCAUCCACGGAUUCAGUUACAGAUUGGGUAUGGGCACUUGCAGAAACUGGAAAGGUGGAGGAAAUUUUUGAGGAGUCAAUAAGAGAAGGGUCAGUGAAAAGUAUGGAAAGGUUUGUUUAUGUUGGAAUGCUAUGUUCUCAUUUGGUAGUGGCGUUUAGACCUACUAUUGUUGAGGCCCUUAAGAUGUUAGAAGGUGAGAUUGACAUUCCUGAAUUACCUGAGAGGCCAGUGCCACUUGGCCAUGCGUCCUUUCAAUCUUCUGUGUUGCAUGGUUUGCAGAGAAGUGGUGGAGAACGUGUCAGCUUGUAA